AUGCCCAGACCUGGAAGAUCCCCAGAGUCUUCUCAUGGUUACAGCAGGAAGGACACCUCUCUGAAGAAGAGAUGGCUAGAACAUUUAACUGUGGGAUUGGAGCUGCCCUCGUGGUAUCAAAGGAUCAAACAGAGCAGAUCCUAAGAGAUAUUCAGCAGCACAAGGAAGAAGCCUGGGUAAUUGGCUGUGUGGUCGCACGUCCUGAAGGUUCGUCUCGUGUGAAAGUCAAGAAUCUGAUUGAAAGCAUGCAGAUAAAUGGGUCAGUGUUGAAGAAUAGAUAUCUGAAAAAUCAUUUAUCUGUCCAGCAAAAGGCCAGAGUGGCUGUCCUAAUAUCUGGAACAGGAUCAAACCUUCAAGCACUCAUAGAGAAUACUCAAGAACCAGAUAGUUCUGCACACAUUGUUGUCGUUAUCUCCAACAAAGCUGCAGUGGCCGGGUUAGAUAAAGCAGAAAGAGCUGGUAUUCCCACCAGAGUAAUUAAUCAUAAAUUAUAUAAAAAUCGUGUAGAAUUUGACAAUGCAGUUGACCGAGUCCUUGAAGAAUUCUCCACAGACAUAGUCUGUCUUGCUGGGUUCAUGAGAAUUCUGUCUGGUCCUUUUGUCAGAAAAUGGAAUGGAAAAAUGCUGAACAUUCACCCAUCCUUGCUCCCUUCUUUUAAGGGUUCAAAUGCCCAUGAGCAAGUCCUGGAAUCCGGCGUCACAGUUACUGGAUGCACUGUACACUUUGUGGCCGAAGACGUAGAUGCUGGACAAAUCAUUUUGCAAGAAGCCGUUCCUGUGAAGAGGGGUGACACUGUUGCAACUCUGUCUGAAAGAGUUAAAUUAGCAGAACAUAGGCUAUUUCCUGCAGCCCUCCAGCUAGUGGCCAGGGGAAGUGUACAGCUGGGAGAAAAUGGCAAGACUUGUUGGGUCAAAGAGGAAUGAAGUCUCCUAACUCAGGAAUGGAGACAGUUUUGAAAGAAUUGUUUGCUCUUUGUAUGAUGACUUUUUAUCAUGUAUUUGGUCCCAAAGAAAAACAGCUAAAAGAAGGAAAAAACCUCACCGUUAUCUCUUGGGCCAAUUUUUAUUGAACAGAGACUCAUUA